GACUUUUGCUUUUUAGAUCGGAAGGCAAGAGGAGCUGACGUGGCCAAUCGGGGCCGUACACAUGAGCCUGGCAGAUAUUUUGUGCCAUAUCUUUCUGUAAUAAUUACGAUUUCCCAAAGCGUGAUCGGUAGCCAUUGGAUGGGAGGCGGUUAAAGGGAGACUUUGAUUUUCCACCGUCGGAUUACUGCACCACCAAAAUGCGGAGAUAUUUUUUUAGUUUUUAGGGAAGAAAAUGGUGCUUUGUACGCUUGAGUCUAGACAGACAGCAUAGUCUUUCGAUUAUCUUUCGAUUCUUCUGAGAACCCAUUAUAGAGAAAGUACUAGGUUUGGGUUUUCCGGUUGAGGAAAAUGGGCGAAGUAGUGGUGAGCGGCGAGGGCGGCGCCGCCGCAAUGGAGCUGGAAGUUCUAGAAACAGAGGAGGUGGAAGUGGCGGAGGUUGGGCAGAGGAAGGCUGAGGAAAGAGAUGGGUUGGUGAGGUGGGAGAGAUUCUUGCCGAAGAUGGUGCUCAGAGUGUUGUUGGUGGAAUCUGAUGAUUCUACCAGGCAGAUUAUUGCCGCUCUUCUCAGAAAAUGCAACUAUAGAGUUGCUGCAGUUCCUGAUGGUUUAAAGGCAUGGGAGGUGCUAAAAGGGCGGCCAAGAAAUGUAGACCUCAUAUUGACAGAAGUUGAUCUGCCAUCGAUCUCUGGAUAUGCUCUUCUUACCCUAAUUAUGGAGCAUGAAAUCUGCAAAAACAUUCCUGUUAUAAUGAUGUCUGCAUACGAUUCGGUUAGCACAGUCUACAGAUGCAUGUUGAGAGGCGCAGCAGAUUUUCUUGUCAAGCCCGUAAGGAAAAACGAGCUCAGGAACUUGUGGCAGCAUGUAUGGAGGAGACAAGCUACAAGCAAAAGCGGGCAAGGACCUGGGGAUGAGAGCGUUGCGCAAUUGAAGGUUGAAGCCACAGCUGAAAACAAUGAUUUUAGUAAUCAUUCGAGUGGGUAUAAGGCUUGUAUUGAAAGGAACAGAGAAUGCAUUGAAAAAGGAAGUGAUGCUCAGAGUUCUUGUACUAAGCCAGAGAUGGAGACUGGAGAAGAAAACACGAAACAUAUCCAGGAAUUUGGACAGCCGGAUUGGAACAAACCUCGUCCAGUUGAUGCAGAUAUGCAGAAGGAAGAGCAACAUCGCAAUCCCAGUGAUCAAGUGGAAGGCACAUCUAAUGACAAUUGCUGUCAUCUUCAAGUGAUUGGUCAAGCUUCGGGUGAAGAUCCUGCGACCAUGAAUUCUUCUAAACGCGCCAUUGAUUUGAUUGGGACCUUUGAUAAUCACGGAAUAUGCACUUAUGUUUCUGGUUCGAAUAUUAGUCCAAACAACAAGGUCGAUUCUCCACCGCCACUCGAGCUUUCCUUGACAAGGUAUCCUAGUGGCUCUGUCAACCAAUUUCCAGAUGAGAAGCACAAGUUAAACCAUUCAGAUGCAUCAGCCUUUACUCGGUAUGUGAGCAAGGGGGUGCAGCCACAGCCCCAGCCCCGAGACUUGAUAUCCCCGAACACUCGUAAUGAACACAAAGAAAGCGAAACUGACUCUGAUAAGCGCUUGUCUGUUCACAAUUCUGAUCCAACAGCAAGCUCUCACAGACUUGUUCCACCGACAAAUUUUGAAUCUGGGCAGGCUGAAACUCGACUUCCAUCCCCCGGGCAGAGAGUAUUGAGUGCCCCGAUUCCAGUAAGAGGUGUGAGGUUUGAGGGGCUAAGUAAUGCCUACACCUUCAUGACAUCUCCAAUGCAGAGUCCUGGAUCAGCUGGCCAUCAGAAUUCUCCGCGCCAGGCAAACACAUUUCAUCGCUUGAAUCAUCAAACUAUAAAUUCUCAGCAGUGUCACAGGGUAAUUGAGCAGAAUGUCAAUACUGUCUCCACUCAGACCGAGUACAGACAAGGUUAUCAGUCAGAACCUGACCGGGGACAUUUUUCUUCUGCUACUGAUCAAAGCGCAAAUAGCAGCCUGUGCAAUGGUGUUGUCAACUGCCAUUACAAUGGUGGUGGGAGCAAUGGCAGAAUCCCGGUUACAAUGAUCAAAUCUACAGCAGAGUAUAGGAACGACGAAGCUUCUGCUGUUCAAGAUGCAAACUCUCAGAGGUCACAAAGAGAAGCUGCACUCAACAAAUUUCGCUUGAAGAGGAAAGACAGAUGUUAUGAGAAAAAGGUAAGAUACGAAAGCAGGAAAAAACUUGCAGAGCAACGUCCACGAGUGAAGGGACAAUUUGUUCGUCAAUUGCCAAGUGAACCACCACCAGGAGACACAUAAGCCGGUUAGCAAUACAAAUCAUCAGCACAGCUUGUUUCAAUGAAGGAGAGAACAGACCAUAUAAUAAGGCAGUCCAGCUCUUGAAACUCCCGUCAUGCCAGGUCCGGGGAAAGGGCAGUUACCAGUUACCAGUUACCACCCUCGAUGUUAUAUAACAACAGCAUGUACUUGCUUGGAGUUGCCAGAAUAUUGUAUAUUUGUUUUGCAAGGGUUCCCAUGUCAGUAUAGGUUUGCUGUAUAGACGAGCUUUCGGAUUGACACAUAGGCUAGCCUCUAGUUAGAAUAUGGAUAUUGUCGUUGGAGUUGUUCUUUCAUUCGUUGCUAACUUGACUACUGCAUGUAACUCUAAUCCGAUGAUGUAUCAUACUGAAACCUUAUAGAUCAGCACUUGUUAGCCAGAAUUUGAACAGUUAUAUUUGUUUUUCAAAAUAAA